GUUGCUGUGCGUGAAUAUGUUUAUGUUUACGCUAUUUUAGGUAAUUUCGUUUUUUAUUGUACAAAUUGACUUACUUGGACUACACUGGUUGCAAUAUUGUCGUGCGUAGGCGCCAAAAUGGACGUGAGCUGUGUGAAAAUCAAGCAGGAGCAAGAACAGGAACCGCUGCCAAUGGAUUCGGUCUCGGAGGACGCCAGCUGUGCCCAGCUAAAAACCGAAAGCGAUUUUACGGAAAUGGACAUAGGACCCAUCAAAAUAGACCCGGAUGCGACUGCAGUGUGCCAGGGACAGGCAGCUGCCGGCAACGCAAGGGAUCGGCGAAAAAAGCAGAGACCCGCCGCAACACUGGAGGAUUACAAACUGCCCAAGGGAGCCCAUCAGUGCCCGCACUGUCCACGGCACUUCGAAAGAAGCGACGAACUCAAAAUACACCUGCAGAUCCACACAGAUAAAUUGCCCUACAAGUGCGUCUAUUGUCCGAGCAGUUUUUCCCAUAAAUCGAUAUACACCACGCACAUGUACGGACAUACUGGCAAAUUUCCGCACCAGUGCCCGGACUGUCCGCAGGGCUUCCUCAAAUACGGCGAUCUCAAGAAGCAUCGACGCACGCACAUUGAUAAAAAUGCAUUCAAAUGUCCCCUGUGUCCCAGAAAUUGCACGCACACGGGCAAGGGCAUACUGCAGUGCCCGCAGUGUCCGCGUGGCUUUACGAAGAGCUUCGAGCUGGAAAUUCAUCUGCAGAUUCAUAGCGAUAAGCUGCCCUACAAGUGUCCGCACUGCCCGAACAGCUUUGCACACAAAUCGAAUUUCAAAGCGCAUGUCUGUGAGCAUACGGGCGAGUUUCCAUUCAGAUGCCGAUACUGUCCACGGGGAUUUAUGAAGAGGAGCGAUUUGUUGAACCACUCGUAUUCGCACAGCGAGCAUACGGACGAGCUGCCAUUCAGAUGCCCAUAUUGCCCGCAGAGCUUUCUGACAGAAAACGAUCUGCAGAAGCAUUCAGACAUUCAUAGAGCUAAGAUUUCGCAAAACUAUCGCAACAAACUGGGCUCUAAAACAGGCUUAAAACGCCACAAAGACAAUGCGCAUAAAGAAAUCAGAGACGUAAACUGUAUAAAAAAAGAACGGGCAGAGUCAAGUGAAACACCUCCGAAAGCCGAAGCCCAAGUCGAGCACGAAGCCAAAAACGAUUCGUCUAUCAGCCAAACAGUCGAAACGCCAGAGCUCAUAGCUGCCGAUCGCAUAAAAGUGGAGCCCGGCACGGAGGAUUGCGGUUCUACAGCGGAUCACAGUGCCUUAGAUAAGUCUGAUAGUAAAAAUGAUUUGGCUGAGAGCAAUAUUGUGCUGGGCCCCAUCAAAAUAGAACCGGAUGAGAGCAGGCCGCCGGAGGAACAGACUUUAGCCAACGUGCGCUCAAAGCGUUGCUAUAAAUGCAAAGUUUGCAGCAAGGCAUUCACGGACAUUAAAGAGCUGCGCCUGCACGAAAAAUGCUACACACACUCAAGCAGGCAGACGACAGGCAAUCGGCCGUAUAAGUGCGAACAUUGCUCAAAGACUUUCACCCAGUCGUACAACCUGACGGUGCACAUGCGCGGCCAUACGGGUGAGCGGCCGUACAAAUGCCCGCACUGUACGCGCACAUUUAUCCAGAGCUCGGGCCUGAAGAUACACAUACGACAACAUUCCGGCGAACGGCCCUAUAAGUGUGCCCAUUGUCCGCGCACAUUUGCCAACAACUCGAAUCGCAAGAAGCAUCUGCAGAGUCAUGGCAUGGAAGUUGCCAGCGAUCUACCGUACAGGUGUCCGCAUUGUCCCAAAACCUUUGCACAAAACUCACAUUUCAUUGUGCACGUACGUGGCCACACCGGCGAACGGCCCUAUCAAUGCACCUACUGCACCAAGGGCUUCAAGGUUAGCCACGACCUGAAGAAGCAUCUGCGCAGCCACACGGGCGAGCGUCCGUAUGUGUGUCCGCAUUGUGCCAAAACCUUUGCGCAGAACUCGCAUUUCAAUGCCCAUCUACGUGGCCAUGCCGGCGAACGACCAUUAAAGUGCCCCCACUGUCCGCGCACCUUUCUCAAAGCCUACAAUCUCAAGGUGCAUCUGUGCACCCAUACCGGAGAGCGGCCGUACAAGUGUCCACACUGUCCGAAAACCUUUACACAAAACUCUUACUGCAAGGCGCAUAUGCGUGAGCAUAUGAAAUGAAAUUUAAGUUAAAAGCUACAAUGUUAUGGCAUUUGUUUCUUAAAUAAUUAGACAAUUAAUAAUAGUAUUAAUAAUUAUACAAUUUAA